CGAGAAGAUGGGGAACACCACCUCCUGCUGCGUCUCCUCCAGCCCCAAGCUGCGCAGGAAUGCCCACUCCCGGCUGGAGUCCUACCGCCCCGAGGCCGAGCUGAGCCGGGAGGACACGGGCUGCAACCUGCAGCACAUCAGCGACCGGGAGAACAUCGACGAUUUGAACAUGGAAUUCAACCCAUCAGAUCAUCCACGGGCCAGUACGAUAUUUCUCAGUAAAUCACAAACAGAUGGAGGAAAAUUAUUGAGAGAAAAACGCAAGAGUCUCUAUAUAAACCACCAUCCUCCUGGGCAGUUGAGAAGGAAGUACAGUUCCUGCUCCACUAUUUUCCUGGAUGACAGCACAGUCAGUCAACCAAACCUCAAGUAUACCAUCAAAUGUGUAGCUCUUGCAAUAUAUUACCACAUCAAAAACAGGGACACAGACGGAAGAAUGCUCUUAGAUAUUUUUGAUGAAAAUCUUCAUCCCCUCUCGAAAUCCGAAGUGCCACCAGACUAUGACAAACAUGACCCGGAGCAGAAACAGAUUUACCGCUUUGUUCGGACGUUGUUCAGUGCUGCUCAACUGACUGCUGAAUGUGCCAUUGUCACCCUGGUAUAUCUUGAAAGACUUUUAACUUAUGCAGAGAUAGAUAUUUGUCCAGCAAACUGGAAGCGAAUUGUGCUGGGUGCAAUUCUGCUGGCAUCCAAAGUUUGGGAUGACCAGGCAGUGUGGAACGUGGAUUACUGCCAGAUCCUGAAAGAUAUCACGGUCGAAGACAUGAAUGAGCUGGAACGCCAGUUUCUUGAGCUGUUGCAGUUCAAUAUUAAUGUUCCCUCCAGUGUUUAUGCCAAGUAUUAUUUUGAUUUGCGUUCCCUGGCAGAAGCGAAUAACCUGAGUUUUCCUUUGGAGCCCCUCAGCAGGGACAGGGCAUAUAAACUUGAGGCCAUUUCCCGCUUGUGUGAAGAUAAAUAUAAGGACUUCAGGAAAGCAGCAAAGAAACGGUCAGUCAGUGCUGACAAUCUGACUGUGGUUAGAUGGUCCCCUGCCAUUAUCUCCUAACAGAGGAGACUGGAAUAUUCCUACGGACGUACUGUUUCAUCCAUCCAUUUUUUUCGGGGUGGGCUGGGGCGGGGGGAUAAAGAAAAAAGACUUUUGAUUUUUUUAUUUUUAAAUCAGUCAAGCUGCCUUUACAGUGCCUCCCCAUUGUGUAGCACACGAGUAAAAUACCUAAUGGAAGGAGAAAUGGAGAAAUGGAUGUUUGGGAGAGAACACGGGCAACAAUUUUUUUCUCCCUUUCGCUAACAGCUUUACCCUUUUUGUGAGAAAACAGCAGAUCAGGUGCUUGGAAGAAGAAACAAACAAAAAAAAAUGAAGUAGAGGCAGAAAAAUAUUUAAGAACUGUGCCAUUUUCCGACAUGCUGUACUCGUGAAGAGAAAUGGCAGCAUGAAAACAAAACAUGUAGUCAGAUGACUGUGCACUAGAGGAAUGAAGUUGGGAGAGUUCCAUCCUAAAGGUUUCUCUUAAUAUCUUUUUUAUUUUUUGUUGGGUUUUGCGUUCCUUAUUGCUGCUUCCCAGGAUAAAUUCUUCCCCUUGCACAGCAGCAAAUACAAAGUCUGUAUUUACAGUAGCACAAGCCCCUGAAUAAAUAGCGUUGGAUUUUUUCACUGCACUUUUCUCUGUAAGCUGUCUUAUUAGCAUUAUUCUUCAUAAUUAUUAUGCAUAUGUUAUAUUUCUUGUAUGCCUUUUAUUGUAUUUCAAAAGAGAGAACUUGACCAUAGUGCUGAACCAAAAGUGUGUACAGGGAUCAGAAGAUCUUCGUAAUUUCAUGAUGUGUUUUAUUUAUAGUAUACUUGGGUGCGUGUGCCUUCCUGAGUUCUUGGAAUCAUUUAUUUUUCCUUAAUAUAAAGAUAUGGUUAUUAAAGUAUUCAGAUGAUGAUAAGAUUUGGGCCAAAUCUCUGAAAUUUGCAACAGAUCUUGUGAUCCUUUUUGCAGAUUUUCAUAGCAUUAGGAAGUUAGCAGAACUCAUUUUGAGGGAGAUUUUUUUUUUUAGUAUGGCCUGACUAGUUCAUUCCUUCACCAUUGUUGCAAGCAAUAUUCUCAAUUUUUAUAUGUUUACUUUAAAUCGAAGUGAGUCUGUUUGUAUAAAAUAAAAAAUAAUAAAAAAAAAAAUGUUCCUGUGAGAAGGCCUGUAGACGAGCAGAAUGGAAAUCUUAACAAGGCAUUUGUCACAAGUAGAUUAAAUUUUGAAGCUAAAAUACAAACCUUCAUGUUUAUCAGUGUAGGUGCUUAUAGAAAUUAAAAGUAACCAAACUGUGAACAUAAUUUUGAACUCCAGUUAUUAAGCUCUUCUGUUGCUGUUACUAGUUCUCUCUUACUGUAGCUGUUGCCCCCUUGGAACUGUAAGAACAUUUUAUAGAAAACAACUUGUCAGUAGAAGCAUAUUUGCUUUAUAACAUCCCAGGGUGAUUUUUUUUUCUUCCCCAUUUUUUUUUUUUUUUGCACGGUUUGGAAAGAUCUAGCUGAAAACUCUCAUUUCCCUGAAAUCCUUUCUUUGCGACUAUCACUGAAGUGAAUGGCAACAGAUGUCCCUGAUUUAUGCACUACUGUGGUAAACCAGAAAGAGUCCCCAUUGGUUUUAUUAAGCCCUAUGGGCUUGUAGCAGCCGAGGGGCCCGAGACGCCCCCCCCACUUCCAGUGGGAUGCUGAUGGGGUGCCUCGGGGCACUGGCAGGAUUGAAGCAGUAACACCAAACCCCUUUCUGUUAACUUUCUCCUGUGAUUGGUGUAGUUGGAGACACGAAGGUUUUGUCCAUAAAUUCUCCUGAUCUCCUUUGGGCCUUUAAAAUAAUCAUCACUUCUUGUUGUGCCAAUGCAUCAGAACUGUGAGUAUCCAAGUCCAUUUUUCCCUUGAACAUGGAAUGUAAGGAAAGUGUUUAUAAUGAUACAAAUGCAAAUUACAGCAUUUGAAACCUCUUUACAGAUAGUAUCAAAAGGAACAUUUUCAGACCAUUUUAAAUUCAUCCUUUGUAAGCAUAAAUUUAGGCUUUAAAAUAUGUAAAAUAUUUUGAUUUAUCAACACUUUGCUAAACUAUUUUCCAUUUAACUUGAUAUCAGGAAUAUUGGGUUUAUCCAUUUCUGCGUGAUAGAGAUACGAACUUUGGAUUAUGUAAAGAUCUCAAUGCAUCUACUAUAAUUUUUGUGAAGUUUAUUAAACUACUUUAAAGAUUGUAUAGUCUAUUUAUUGUAUGUAUGUACAUACAGUCUGAUACUUUAAAAAGUGGAUUCCGUAAAACCUGGCUCAGUCUUGUUUAGACUAUUGAAUAUCGUUUUAGCCUUGUGCACUGGACUCUACCUCUGUAUAGGAGAAUUUUCCAUAUUCUUAAUUAGUACUGAUUCUGUGAUUAACUUGGUUAUGUUUCUUGCACUAAGAAUUAAAAAAAAAAAAUCUGCUGUAA